UUCAAAAACCUCCACGUUCAUAUUAUCCGUCUCUGUAAAUUUCUCCCAUUCACAAAGCUUUCUUCCAGUCCUUCAAUGGUGGAAUUUCCAUCUCCAUUAUCUUCUUCACUCGAUUUUCCACCUGCAUAACAGUACCUCAGUUCUCGUCUUUAUUUGUCUCUUAGGUUAUUCCUUUAAUGGCUCUACUUUUACCCACAGCAGUCGUUUCUUCCUCCAGACCGCUAGUCGCCUUCAGACUUGGCUCAUUUCCCAAGCUAUGGGGUCUCUUCAACCGCAACUGUAAUUUACGGCAUUGUUCCAAGCGAUGUGUGUCGAUAACUAAUGUCGUCUAUGCUGAAGAUGUUAUGGUUCCUGGUGCGGCUAAAUCGGCGAGGCGGAGAGAGCAAAUUGAGCUCGAGCACGACUCUAUUACGGUUCUCAAUGAGAGAAUUCGGCGGUUUCAUGUAAAGAGGGAGUCUUCGAAAACGGCUAUGGAGGCCGAGGAGGCGGACCGGUAUAUUCAGAUGGUGAAGGAGCAGCAGCAAAGGGGCUUACAGAAGUUGAAAGGGAAUAGGCAAAAGAAAGAGAGCGAUGGUUAUGAUUAUAAGGUUGAUCCUUAUACGCUUCGUUCUGGGGAUUAUGUCGUGCAUAAGAAGGUCGGUAUUGGCCGGUUCGUUGGAAUUAAAUUUGAUGUUCAGAAGGGUUCUACGGAGCCUACUGAGUAUGUGUUCAUUGAGUAUGCCGAUGGGAUGGCGAAGCUUUCAGUUAAGCAGGCGUCUCGAAUGCUGUAUCGCUAUAGUCUACCAAAUGAAAACAAAAGGCCUCGUACAUUGAGCAAAUUAAAUGACACUACCACAUGGGAAAAGAGAAAGACCAAGGGAAAGAUUGCAAUUCAGAAGAUGGUUGUUGAUUUGAUGGAACUGUAUCUUCAUAGGUUGAAACAGAGAAGGCCUCCCUACCCGAAGUGUUCGGCUAUGGAGGAAUUUGCUGCUCAGUUUUCUUACACGCCUACAGUGGACCAAAAAGAGGCUUUCAGAGAUGUUGAGAAAGAUUUGACAGAGAGGGAAACUCCAAUGGAUCGUUUAAUUUGUGGGGAUGUUGGCUUUGGUAAAACUGAGGUUGCACUGCGUGCAAUCUUCUAUGUAGUCUCAGCAGGAAAGCAAGCUAUGGUUCUAGCACCAACGAUAGUCCUUGCCAAACAGCAUUUUGAAGUUAUCACACAGAGAUUUUCUUCUUUUCCUGAUGUUCAGAUUGGACUAUUGAGCAGGUUUCAGACAAAAUCAGAGAAAGAUAAGCAUCUAGAAAUGAUCAAAGAAGGCCAAUUGAACAUUGUUGUUGGGACUCACUCACUCCUUGGAGAUCGUGUUGUAUAUAGUAAUUUAGGGCUUCUAGUUGUUGAUGAGGAACAGAGGUUUGGUGUCAAACAGAAGGAGAAAAUAGCUUCUUUUAAAACUUCAAUUGAUGUUCUUACUCUCUCUGCAACACCGAUACCGCGGACCCUGUAUUUAGCAUUGACUGGAUUUCGCGAUGCUAGCUUGAUUACAACUCCUCCUCCGGAAAGAGUUCCAAUAAAGACCCAUCUCUCAGCAUUCAGUAAAGAAAAAGUGAAAUCGGCUAUUAAGUAUGAGCUGGAACGUGGAGGCCAAGUUUUUUAUGUUUUUCCUCGAAUUAAAGGACUCGAGGAAGUGAAGGAUUUUCUUGAGGCGAGUUUUCCAGACAUUGAAAUAGGUCUUGCUCAUGGAAAGCAAUACUCAAAGCAACUUGAAGAAACCAUGGAAAAUUUUGCACUUGGUGCUAUUAAGAUUCUUAUAUGUACGAAUAUUGUUGAAAGUGGUCUGGAUAUUCAAAAUGCAAACACCAUCAUUGUUCAGGAUGUUCAACAAUUUGGGUUAGCACAAUUAUACCAGCUGCGUGGAAGGGUGGGCCGGGCAGACAAGGAAGCUCAUGCGUACUUGUUUUACCCAGACAAGGCCCUGCUAUCUGAUCAAGCACUGGAAAGGCUUGCCGCUCUUGAAGAAUGCCGUGAACUUGGGCAAGGUUUCCAACUCGCCGAGAGAGACAUGGGCAUAAGAGGGUUUGGUACCAUCUUCGGUGAGCAACAAAGUGGUGAUGUUGGAAAUGUGGGCAUUGAUCUCUUCUUUGAAAUGCUUUUUGACAGCUUGUCUAAGGUUGACGAACACAGGGUAGUCUCUGUCCCAUACCAGUCAGUAAAGAUUGAUAUAGAUAUUAAUCCUCAUUUGCCCUCUGAGUACAUUAAUUAUUUGGAGAAUCCCAUGAAAAUAAUUAAUGGAGCUGAAAAGGCGGCUGAGACAGACAUCUGGGCUUUAAUGCAAUUUACUGAAAAUUUGCGCCGUCAACAUGGAAAAGAACCUUACUCAAUGGAGAUUCUGCUGAAGAAGCUUUAUGUGAGGAGAAUGGCAGCGGAUCUAGGAAUUUAUCGGAUAUAUGCUUCAGGAAAGACCGUUUGCAUGGAAACUAAAAUGAAUAAGAAAGUUUUCAAGUUGAUAUCUGAAUCAAUGGUAUCAGAGGUGCAUCGAAAUUGUUUGACUUUUGAGGAACAUCAGAUCAAGGCUGGACUUCUCUUAGAGCUACCAAGAGAACAACUGCUAAAUUGGAUCUUUGAGUGCUUGGUGGAACUUCAUGCUUCCCUCCCAGCCUUGAUCAAAUACUAGCUCUUAUUACAGCAGGUUUCACAAUGAUUUUCUUAAUCACAAGGCUUCAUGCAUAUAAUGUCCAUUAACCAGCCUUGUUAUUUUAAAAGCCUGAAAUUUAGACUUGGCCUCUGAGGUCUCUGAACAAGAAGCUUUUGACAUGGAAAAUCUCAAAUCCCAAGCAAAAGUAUAUUACCUGUUGUUAGUAAGCUGGAACAAGCUGAUGGAUAUCACUUUCGAGCAUUGUUUCAAGGAUACGAGCUGGAGUUAUCUUUCCAGAAUAUAUAGCAGUGCCCGGGAUCUGCUGGUGUAUACGACGUUAUCGAGACUCCAAGAAGGCUACGACAUCACUCAGGUUACAAUUUGUUCUGCCCCUCAUUGUCUGUAUAUCAUAUUCGUUAAAUCUUGUUAUCAAGUUUGAUUAGAAGCACAGUUCUGUUUUAUUCUGAUCUUAAAAUUUACAUGAGAAGAGGGUAUGUUGUAAAGAAAUUCUAUGUUAAUAAGUACAAAAAAUUUAGGGAAGGGUUGAAGUAGGAACCAACAAGCAUAGAGUUAUUGAACAUUUCAGAAGAAAAUUGUGAGAAAAAUGUUUUAUAUUAUUAUAUCCACUUUUGAUACCCUUUAUUCCA